AUGAGAGAAGCAUUCCAGUUUGAAGUACUGCAAACACAGCAUGAAGAAAUUAAACAGAAGCUGAAAGAAAUGCAGGAUGAAAUUCUUACUAAAAAUGGAGAAAUUAAAAUUUUGCGUGACUCAAUGCAGCAGAUGGAGUAUGCUAUGGAGGAACAGAAAAGAUCAUACAUGCUAUUGGAACAGCAGAAAUCUCAGACCUUAAGUGAAAAAGAAAAAGAGUUCUCCAAAAAGUUACUGUCAUUACAGUCAGAGUUGCAGUUCAAAGAUGCAGAAAUGAAUGAAUUAAGAACGCGACUUCAGAACUGUGAAAGAAAUAAACAUGUUACUCAGACAGUUUUAACACCAAGCCCUAAAAAGAAUUUUGCAAUACAAGUGAAAUCAGAAGGAUGUUCACCACAGCCUGGAAAAAGAUCUUUUCCUACAAAGGAAUCCUUCAAUGCUGAAAUGUCCACUAGACCAUCAUGUUCUUCAGGAAAUUUGAUUGCCCCGACAACUUUGAUCAAAGAAGACAGUAAGAUAACCCAUCCUGAAAUUUUAUCCAUGAAGCAUGAAGCAGUGGGAAAAAACGGUUCCUACAACUCUGUACCUAAACGAAACUCACAAGGUUCUAUCUUAUUAAAUGCACUGAUGAAGCAACCCAUUGUCCCUGGGUCAUUACUAGGACUCUGCCAUCUUCUUAGCAGUAACUCUGAGCCUCUGCCUGGAGCUGUAUUGCAGCCUAACUAUUUGGAUACGAAGUCUACACAACUACCCAGCAGCAGGACAACUCAAGAAAAAAUUGCUCCUCUUAUACCUCUGCGAGAAGCUCAAAAACUUGCAAUAACAGGAUUGAACUUGAUUGCUAUGGAUGAAGGAUUAUCUGAAGGAAGCUCAACAGAAAGCCAGAGAGAGUUCUUGCACCUCACACGCUGUAAGAUACGAGGUGCCGUGCAUCUCUUGCCCUUGGUAGAACACCAUAUUGGUGCCUACUGUCAAGCUGUACAGUUGGCGGACAAGUCAGUAAAUAGUUCUUGUGGAAACCAUUCAGCUAUUUCUCCUGGAACCAACACAAAUGUGAUGUCAAGUAAGGAGGACUUCAGGUUGUCUCUUGAAGAAACUACAGCUAUAUCACUGGGUAUUCUUUAUUAUUUGGCAUUCUAUAGCUGGGAUGUUGUCCACACAUUGUUAUCUACUGAAGUGGAAAAAAGUUCUGCUGCUGGAGAUGAACAGGUUUCCAACAUGGACAAAAAUGUGUUGUGUGAUAAUCAGUGUGAUCAUAAAGAAGAUACCAGGACACAAGGAGGGCUGCCUGUAGCUCCACAGGAUGCUCCCAAUAAUGAUCAAGCUCAACAUUCUUUGUUUAAAAAGCUGCUUCAGGUUUUGGCUUUUUCUGCUGCACGAGGCUCCCAGACUGAUAGUAUACUGAACCAAAGCCUAAAAGUUUUGUUGAAAUUAGCUGAAAAUUCAACAAUGGACUUGCUAAUAAAUUUUCAGCACUUACUGAGUAGCCAGAUACUGCUCCGUUGUCUAUGUCCAGAGACCCCUUUGCCUGCUGUCUUUUUGACCGUGAAACUGUUGUCUAUUCUUGCUCAACACCACAUGUUGGUUGCUCAACUUUGUUCUCAUUCAGACACCUGCCUCCUCCUUGCACUGUACAUGUAUAUUACAUCAAGACCAGAUAAAUCAGCAUCUGAAAAGCUUUGGCUUCAGCUGGAACAAGAGACAGUUAGACUCCUGACAAGGUGUAUGCGGUGUUCCAGUCCAGUGGUUUUAUUACCUGGUACAGACUGCCAAUGUAAUCUUGAGGUGGUUAAGGCACUAAUUAUAAUGUUACAUAGACAGUGGAUGAAGAUUAGAAGAUCUGACAACAGCUUGUGUGCAUAUAAGGAACAAAUUAUUCAGUUUUUACGGGAUGCUGUUUUACUCUUACACAGUGUAUCUCAGAAAGACAAACUGUUUCAUGAACACUGUUUGGAAGUUCUCCAUCAAUAUGACCAAGCCAUGCCAGGCAUAAGAGCCAUUCUCAAAAAGACCCAAAAAUUGAGUGCUUGUGAAGAGCUGAUUUUGGAUGAAUUGUAUCCUCCUGAACCAGAAGCAGAAGACCAAGGAAUAGACUCCAGCUAG